GCACGGUACCAUGCAGUCCCUAGAAGGUUUUCCUACAUCAAUCAAUGGUUCAAAUACCUGCUGUGUUUAGAGAACUUCAUUUUCCUCCUCACUGGUGCAAUCUUCCUUGUAUUCGGUGUGAUCGCCUUCGUGGAAUCUGGUGGUAUUCCAAAGGGUUCUACAGUAACGGCGCUACAGUGGCUUUUCAACCUGACUGUUCUAUGUAUUGGCGUGGGGAUUAUCACUCUGUUCGUUUCGAUGGCUGGUUUUAUGGGUUCGUUACGUGAGAAUCGCUGUUUCUUAAAAUUUGUAAGUUGUUCUCAUCUCUUUGAUUUAUCUAUCUCCAUCCUUAGUACUACAUAGUGUUGACCGUGUUAUUUUUGGUCGAAGUCGUUUGUUGUGUUUUGUUCUUUAUCUAUCGCGACACUGCCAUAAGAAAACUCGAGGAUCUCAUACGGAUUACUUUUGUCACGCAAUAUCGAGAACCAGGAUUUGAAGACACAACCAACUUCAUGGAUUUCAUUCAAAAGGAGCUUCGUUGUUGUGGCCCUAAAACCUACACAGAUUGGACCGCCAACCGAUAUUUUUCUUGCAACCAGACAAACACUAGUCCGGAAGCCUGCGGUGUUCCGUAUUCUUGCUGUCGGCGAAUGAACAACAUAAAUGAAUACGUCAUCAAUCUGUCCUGCGGAUUUGGUGUCCAGAAGUUGUCUACUCCUCUAGCCAGUGGUCAGGUUUGGACUAUAGGUUGUGUACAGGCAAUCGUAACUUUCGUCGAGGUCAAUAUUGUCCCCGUAGCUGGUGCUCUCAGCGGAAUCGCAGCACUGCAGUUGGUGGCUAUUCUCUUGGCGAAGACUCUCCACACGCAAAUUGGUGAUCAGCUCCGCCUUUUGCGACAAGAAUCCCUCGGUUUAUGAUUCGUGCAUUCACCGUGGAGGGACACAGCGGACUCGGCAUCCAGGGAUCGAUACGGAUGAAUAAAAAAGUGUGCAAUCCAUCAUUUUGCAACAUAAUUUGAGAAUUCCUAUCUCCCUAACUUACUUCCGCAUGAACACCAGGUCUUUCGUCCGCUUGUCGUAGGACCUAUUCUUUGACUUUUAUCGAUUUUUCACCGCUCAGAUUGUUGUAUUACUGUUCAAAAACAAGAAAAAUGAUAAUCUCUUUAUGCAUGCGUUUCUGGUUUGUUUUGCAAGUGUGAAUUUUUGCAUUCCAUUCGAUACACCCUCUUGUAUGGUUUGUGGAGCGUGUUUGAGUAUGUUUUUUGGGGCUUCGAGUAUGGUUUUAAAGGAGGUCUCGUUUAGAAAUCUUCCGAUUCGAUUGCUUCACACGCCUUUUUGAUAGUCUUCAUACUCGUUCACACCUCCCAUCACAUUUAUCUUCUGUCCGGCUAACCACUGGCUAUUCAAUGGCUUUACGCGCUUUUUCACUACUUAUAACGCCUUCCGUCACUUGUGUCCUUAAAAUUGACCCUCUUAGGCGUUUACUUUCAAUGCUUGUUCGUCUCUUACUCUCUUUAUGGACAAAACCGUCAUCGCCAGAGCCAUCUUACCCGCGGUACACGGUUC